AAUGUUUUUGUCGAAAAAUUGUAAUAAAUAUUAUUUAAAAUAUUUAAAUUCACUUGGAAAAUGGACUUGCGCGGUCCGUGUACGUUCAAAGAGUUCGGUUGAACCCAAGACAAAAGCUUAUUCACAUACCAUUCUCUCGCCUAAAACAAAUUUUCCAGCCCGAUCUAACAAUGCUAAAAAAGAGGAAAUUGCAAAGAUAGCGCAGUUUUCCGAGCUCUACAACUGGCAAAGAGAACAUUUGAAUGGUCCAGAAUUCGUAUUACAUGAUGGCCCGCCAUACGCCAAUGGAGAUUUGCACAUGGGUCAUGCAGUAAAUAAGAUAAUAAAAGACAUAAACAACAGAAGUCAGGUGCUCCAAGGAAAUAAAGUACAUUACAUACCUGGAUGGGAUUGUCACGGCUUACCUAUAGAGUUAAAAGCGUUACAAAAAUCCAAAGAAAAAUCUACCGAUGAGACUAGCCCAGUUCAAAUAAGAGAAACGGCUAGAAAAUUCGCUUUGAAAACAAUGAAAAGCCAAAAGGAGGAAUUCAAAAGUUGGGGCGUUAUGGCUGAUUGGGACAACCAGUGCUACUUGACGUUGAAUAAAGAUUACGUUCAAAAUCAGCUGAGACAGUUUUAUAAAAUGUAUACGUCUGGAUUGAUAUUCCGUGCCUUGAAACCUGUUUACUGGUCACCAUCAUCUAAAACAGCUUUGGCUGAGGCAGAAUUGGAGUAUGACCAUCAAUUCAAAAGCAAGGAGGUAUAUGUCACAUUCCCUGUUGAGAAGUUGCCUCCAAAGCUACAGCAUGCAGCAUCAAACCAAAGCAUCCAAGCUAUAAUCUGGACGACCACACCGUGGACCCUCGUGGCCAACAGGGCCAUCUGCUACGGUCCCCAGAUGAAGUACAGUCUGGUGACAUUAAGCAAUAAGCCGGGACAUUUGUACCUCAUGGGCAGCGGCCUCAUUGAGGGGCUGGAGAAAACUCUGGGAGCGGAGAUUAGUAAAGUGCUUGAGUUUGAUGGACAAGAGCUCGCCGGCACCACGUACAGAAACAAACUGGUCAACGAAACGCUGCCGUUUCUCGAAGGCGACCACGUGACCGAAGGCAAGGGCACCGGCCUAGUCCACACGGCGCCGGCGCACGGCCCUGAAGAUUUCUUAGUCGCGCUGAAGAAUAACAUGACUGUGAAAUGCAACGUAGACGAAGCAGGUUGCUACAUCAACCUGGAUUCAGAGCUAAACGGUCUCCCAGUCCUCACAGCAGGCCAGGCUACCGUCAUCCAACGCCUGGGUGACUCCAUCAUUCAUCAAGGGACAUACGUGCAUUCCUACCCUCUGGACUGGCGGACGAAGAAGCCAGUCAUCAUCAGGGCUAGUCAACAAUGGUUUAUUGAUACUGCUGCGCUUAAGGAGAAGGCUUUGGCCGCUCUAGACAAGGUGAAGAUCCUUCCACCGUCCUCCAGUGACCAGUCUCGCCAGGGGUUCCGUGCUCAGCUGGAGAAGAGGCCAUACUGGUGCAUAUCCAGGCAGAGAGCGUGGGGGGUGCCGAUACCAGCCGUGUAUGGAAGGGACAAAGUCAUAGUUGACGAGCGCGUCAUAGACAAGCUGUGUGCUCUCAUGGACGAGAAAGGUCGGAACGUGUGGUGGACUUGCGACGUGCGCGAGUUGGUGCCUGAUGAUGUACUGGAGAAGCAUCAGUUGAGGCCUGAAGACCUCACCAAGGGACAGGACAUCAUGGACAUCUGGUUCGAUUCCGGCAUAUCCUGGAGUGCCCUCAACGGCGUAAAGGCCCAGCUAUACUGCGAGGGCUACGACCAGCUCACUGGCUGGUUCCAAGCGGCCCUGCUGACUUCCUUAGCCCUUACCGGCGAGGCUCCUUACAAGUCAAUAUUCGUGCACGGUUUCGUAGUAGACGAUAAAAAGCGCAAGAUGUCGAAAUCAAUUGGAAAUAUAAUCGAACCUGCGACCAUCAUUCAUGGAGGGAAGGAUAAGAACAAUCAGCCGGCCUAUGGAGUCGAUGUCUUGAGGUGGUGGGUAGCCAGUCACUCGACACAGCACUCUCAAAUUGUGAUCAGCAAGAAACUCUUAAACGACUGCCAGACAGAAGUCAUCAGGCUGCGGAACAUCAUCAAAUACCUCCUUGGUAUCGUCACGGACUUGGACAAAGACCAUUUUAGCCAACGACCAAAAUUAAACUACUUCGAUCAGUACAUGGUUCGCGAAACUCAUGAUUUUUUAAAACAAGUUAACGAGCAUUACAAUAAUUUUAGAUACAAUUCUGUAGCACAAAGUAUACUCUAUUUUAUUAGUAACAAAGUAUCUGGGCUUUAUUGCCAUUGUAUUAAAGAUAGGCUAUACUGUUCAAGCAAAGAAUCCAAUGAGCGUAUUUCAAUACAGUUAGUCGUUCACACAAUUUUGACGUCUAUAUCCAAAGCUCUAGGACCGAUUAUGCCGCAUCUGAUAGAAGAAGCAUGGCAAUACCAUCCGCUGUAUAAAAAUCCAUUCUAUUUCACAAAAGAUAUCCCAAUGUUGCCAGCCACAAAUAUUGAUGCGUCAUUAAUGGAUACAAUUUUGGAUAUAAAAAAAGAUAUUUGUGUGAUCACAAAAAAUGAAAAUUUAAAGAAGUUUAAUGCGACCAUAAAAUUAGAUUCAAACUUAUUUAAUAAGUUAAAAGAACUAAAUGUGUCAGAUGGCUCAAAUGACAGUGUGCUGAGCGAAAUAUUGGAGCUGUCAAAAGUCAAAUUGCAGGUUAUAAAUGGCGGGAAAAAUUGGCUAAUAGAAAUAGAGGAAAGUAAUGCGAACCAGUGCUUGAGAUGUAGGAAAUAUAAUGUGUAUGACAAUAGUGAUAAGUGUGUACGAUGUGAUAAUGUUUUGAACUCAUUAUAAGUAUUAUAACUAGAUAAUACAAGCACUAUUAUGUGGCAAGAGUUGAAAGGCGUCUGAAUAUUUCAAAAGCUGUAGAGUAAAAUAACGUAAACAAAAUGCAUUUACAGUUAUUGUAAUUUUAUUCUAAUUUGUAGUAAAAAAACGAACUGAAUUGAGAACCUCCUCCUUUUGUUAAGUCGGUUAAAAUGAGACGUACGUGUACCUAUUACAGAACGGAUCAUAUUAUAUUGGUUGAAUUUAAAUAUUUAGUGCCAUCACAAGACAGAAUAACACAAGGCAGAAUAAAUGACUGACAUUGAAUAAAAUUUUGAGCUGCCUUCUGUAAUACGGGCCUUAGCUAAUUAUAGUCUGGCCGUCGAGCACGUAGAAUUUCGUCCAAUGAUCCCAAGCUACCCAUCCUUAUCGCUCGUGCGUAAUUAUAUUGCUGUCGCGACUGUGCGACCAUUAUUUAUUUUGAAAUAUAGAAAUCAGUUUGUGAUGCAC